AUGGCGUCCCCCUCUGCCGCUCUCCUCGCGCUGCUCGUCGUCGCGGGCUGCGCGUGGAUGGCCGCGGCCACGUCGUACACCGUCGGCGAAGCGAAGGGCUGGGUGACCGGCGUCGACUACUCCGGCUGGACCAGCGGCAAGUCGUUCGCCGUCGGCGACACGCUAGUGUUCAGCUACGUGAGCAAGGUGCACACGGUGACGGAGGUGAGCCAGGGCGGCUACACGUCCUGCUCCGGCAGCAACGAGCUGGCCAACGAUGACAGCGGCGCCACCACCGUCACGCUCGCGACCCCCGGCACGCACUACUACAUCUGCAAAAUCCCCGGCCACUGCGCCAGCGGCAUGAAGCUCGCCGUCACCGUCGCCGGGGGCGGCUCGUCCCCGGGAGGCUCCACCCCGUCCGGCGCCUCCGCCGGGGGCUCCCUGGCCCCGGCGAUGGGCGCCGUCGUCGCCGCGGCGGCGGGGGCUCUGCUCAAGGUGGCGCUGUUCUGA